GCAGCGGCGUCGGCAAUGCCGCCUGGCAGCCAGCUUCCCCGGCCGCCACCGAGGGGAAAUGUCAGCCGGGUGGCUCCGGCUGCAGAGGCUCAUCCUCCGUCAGGAUGUUUACCGGCGCCGUGACGGACGUGGCGAGUAAUGAGGAUGGCGCGCGCAACCUGCUGCGUGGGGGCCGACGCCUGGUGAGCCUGCAGGGCCUCCUGCUGUUCCCGUGCCGCUGCCUGCUGGUCAGUGUGACCCAGAAACAGCAGAGCGGCCCGUUAAACUCAUUCAGCCCGCCGUCUCUGACGCCGUCGCCUCUCUACCCGCCAGGAACCGAAUUCAGAGCAGCCCAGGAGCGGGACCUGAAGGAGGCCCUGAGCGGGAUGGACCGGUCCAUCCCGCUGGUGUUCGUCAGCGGGAACCACGACCUGGACCAGGUCCCGACUCCCAGCACGGUGGAGCAGUAUUGCCGGGUCUGGGGCGACGACUACUUCAGCUUCUGGGUGGGCGGCGUUUUCUGCCUGGUCCUGAACUCCCAGCUGUACUUCAACGCCUCGGCCUGCCCGCAGCAGAAGGAGGCCCAGGAGACGUGGCUGGAGGCGCAGCUGAGCAGGGCCUCCUCUGCGGAGCCCAAACCCAAACACAUCUUGGUUUUCCAGCACAUUCCUCUGUACGUGAAGAGUCCCGAUGAGCAGGACGAGUACAUCAACCUGCCGCAGGAGGUGAGGCAGAACCUGAUGGAGCGCUUCAAACGAGCAGGAGUGACGGCCAUCUUCUCGGGUCAUUAUCACCGGAACGCCGGCGGCUGCCAUGACGGCCUGGACAUGGUGGUGACCUCCGCCAUCGGCUGCCAGCUGGGCGACGACACCCACGGCGUGCGGCUGGUGGCGGUGACGGCCGAUGCCGUGGUGCACCGCUACUUCAGCCUGGAGCAACUGGGGCAGCGCGGCGUGGACGAGGAGCUCAGGAAGAUGCUGCAGGCCUGCUGACUUCCUGUCUGCUGACUUCCUGUCUGCUGACUUCCUGUCUGCUGACUUCCAGGAAAAACUAAAACUAAACCACUUCCAGCCUCACACACUCACACAUUAUUCUAGGAACCUUUAAAUCAUCUUCAUGUAAUCGUUGGAUGGUUAGUCACGCAACCUUGGAGGUGGUGCGCCACCAAUAAUCUUCCUGUGGGAAACAAACACUGAGAAUUGAGCCUAACAGAAAACAAACUUGGUGUGAAAAUAAACUAAAUGAGCUUUUUAAACCUUUUUAGCCUUUAGUUUUCACACAGGAAGAUCAUUGUAGGUGCAAUCCUCAGAUUAGCCGUUAGCUUUAGCUUCCUGGACCAGCUCAACAAGGAGAAAAUAAGAGAGGCAAGAUAUUACCUGCUUAUACCUGAUCCGGAGAACCCCAGAUCGGUAAUGUUGGCCUCGUUAGCGACUAUGUAAGCGUUUACUGUUAAUGAGUCUGAUCUAGUUCUUAAUUUCUGGAAUAUGAUUUGAAUCUUUGCAGAAAAUUAAUCUUUAAAAAGCCCAGUUAUUGAAUUUGAUUAUGAUCAGACACAUUAUACAGCAGAGAAUUGAUUAUUUAAACAAAAUCUUUAACAUGCAAAUAGAAACAACUAUUUCUUGUUUGUUGACGACAAUUCAAGAUGGUCGUCAAGGAAAAUUCAUAAUGGGACUAAAUGUCAUCAGACAUUAAUACUGUCAAAUGCUACAUAAUUCAACCCAUAGAAAUCAUAUUUACUAAUAUUUUUAUUAUUCAAAAUGGCCACCAUGGUUACCAUAGUAAAUUAAGUUUUUCCACUAAAAUCGCCAGUUAAAUCAUAGCCUACAUAAAUAUUUUCUUGAUCUUGUUUCUGAAGGACAUUUUUCAAAAUGGUCAUCAUGGAGAAUAUGUGUUGGCACUAAAGCCAGCAGUAAUUACUGCUAGUUGUUGUCACAGCUGACCAAAAGUUAGCUUCACUAACCAAUAAUAUGCUAACCAAGAAUGGUAUCUAUGCUAAUGCUAAAUCACCAAGCACAUAAAAUAUAUUAGCAGAAGCUAAUGCUACACACAGAAAAAUUAGCUCUGCUAACGCUAAACCACUUAAGACUUAGAAAUACCUAGCAGAAGCUAACACUAGCCAUUGAGCCAACUGUCUCAUAUCUUCUCCUUCCAGCUAGCAGCAGAGUCCUCAGUUUGCGAUUUUUACAUAAUAUUUUAAAGUUGUAUAGAUAUGACGACCAAAACAUCUGAUGUGACAAAGUUCAUGGGGAACAUUUUCUGUCAAUAACUGAUUUAAAAGACUCAAAAACAGCGGCCAUCUUGAACAAUGUCUGCCUGAAAUUGAAGUGGCUGAUGGGAAAUAUGGAAACAUCUGAGAGGCUAGCAUGCUAAUUUUUGAGAUUGUUUUCAAAACUAUAAAGAUUUCUUCAGUAAUAAUCAGAUCAGGUUUGCUGUUCUGAAGCGACUUCCUCCAUGUGUCCUGAGAGUUACCAUGGCAACCGCUGAGGACCGUUUCACUCCGACAGCCGGGUUGGUGUGUGGAACACGGCGGAGUCCGUUUCCUUCAUUUCCUGUUCGGUUUUUAUGUCCUGGUGGUGGCCAACACACACACACACACACACACACACACACACACACACACACACACACACACACACACGGCCCCAACAGGAGAACCUCGGUCUGGAUUUAAGGACCGUCGCUUUGCUGUGUCUCCAUGUUUCUAAUGAAUCCUCAAAUUCACUCGACUGUUGAAUGUAUUUUAUAAUAAAUGUUGAUUUUUAUUAAAUUA